AUGGGCAGACCCGAAAAGAAGGGCGAGAUGCCCGGUAAGCUGGACACCACCGAGGCCGACAAGAGCACCCCCAAGUCCAUCAUCAUCUACCGCGGCGACGUCGGCGCCGCCGUGCGUGCCCUCAUGCACGAGUGGCGUAACGUCUUCCUUCCGUGGAGCAGCAAGAAGCUGCACGGCAAAAACAAAUCCUUAAAAGACUUCCUUUCCGUCGCUGCCACCUUCAGCGUCUCGCAUUUGCAGCUCUUCACCGCCCCCUCGCACGGCACCUCGCUGCGCAUCAUGCGCUUCUUCAACGGGCCCACCCUGUCCUUCCGUGUGCUGAGCUUCACGCUGCACAAGGAGAUCAUAGCGAAGCAGCGACGGCCGGCCGCGCUGGACCGCGCCGCGUGGGAUGUCGCGCCGAUCGUGGUGCUAAACAACUUCAGCCACCCUGAUGUGGCGCAGCGGGCGGAGGUGCCCCUCUUGGCCGCCACCUUCAAGGCCCUCUUCCCGUCGCUGAACGUGCAGACAAUCCAGAACAGCGAGAUCCAGCGCGUCUGCCUUUUCCACUACGACCACGUGGAGCACGUGGUCGAGGUCCGCCACUACUACGUGAACGCCCGCACCGUCGGCGUCACCAAGACGGUGAAGAAGCUCCUGGAAAAUCGGCGGCCGACAAAGCUUGGCACGCUGGAGAGCAUCGAUCAGGUGCUCGACCGCGAGGACGCAUGGUCGGACACGGAUGGCGAGGGCGAGGAGGUGCCGCUCGUACAGCCCUUCCGCCACCACCGCGAGCAGUGCCGCGUGAAGCUCCAGGAGAUCGGGCCUCGCAUGACGCUCGAGUUGGAGAAGGUGGAGAACGGGUUUGCUGGGGGUGAAGUUAUCUUCCACCGCACCGAGAAGAAGACGCUGCGGCAGGUGCAGGAGAACGCGUCCAAGGUGCGGGCCCGCAAGACGGAAAAGGCGAAGCGGCGAGCGGUGCAGGACGAGAACGUGCAGCGGAAGCGGCAGCGGCGGGAGGAGAAGAUCGAGCAGAAGCAGCAGCGCCGUGCAGCGGCAGCGGAGGCGCAGCAGAGCAACCCGUUUGAGGUGGCAGGCGGCGACGCUGACGGGUACGCCGGGGACGCGGAGUGA